CACCGUCCAAACACUGAUCAAGCACUCACAUGCCACGCCUUCUUCCACUAGGCCCGUGAUGCCGCCUCGAUUAUCUCUGGGAGCGCCCAGGACCCUAUCGUCAUUGUCCGCAAACUGGGUACGCAUACGGCCCCAUCGGAGGUUUGCUUCAAGCUCCGCAGAUGCCCCGGAAGUCUACGAUGUCGUCUGUGUUGGUGGUGGACCAGCAGGACUCAGCCUGCUUGCGGGACUGAAAGCGUCGCCCAUCACAAGCGGGCUUAAAGUUGCUCUCAUUGAGGGCCAGGAUCUGCACAAGAAUCGGCUACAGAAAGACGCGAGCUUGGAGAGCUUCUCGAAUAGAUGUAGUUCACUCACACCAGCUUCUGUAAGGAAUCUGCAAGAGAUUGGAGCAUGGCCCCAUGUGAACACCCCAAGAGUGCAGCCCUACCAGGAAAUGCAAGUAUGGGACGGCGUAACCGACGUACGCAUAUCCUUCGACUGGAACACGGCUAAACCCCUCCUCUCUCCUCGCAACCCGUCACAACCUACUACCGUAGCCUACAUGAUCGAGAACGUGAACACGACUUCAAUGCUCCUCAGUCGUCUCGAAGAAUUGGGCGGUGUCGACUUCUAUACCUCGACCAAGGUCAACUCGAUCGAUCUAGGCGCUGAUACAGAGAAGAUGGACUUCUCAUCCUGGCCCACACUCACACUGUCGAAUGGAAAGACACUAGCUGCCAGGUUGUUAGUAGGAGCGGAUGGAGCCAACAGCCCUGUGCGGACAUUUGCAGGUAUCGAGUCUCGCGGCUUCGAUUAUGGUAGACACGGUGUCGUCGCGAGUUUGAAGAUUGAAGGCCAGGGCUGGGGUGGACCAGACCACAAGAUUGCAUACCAGAGGUUUCUACCCACUGGGCCCAUUGCUAUGCUACCACUUCCCGGCAACCUGUCUACCCUCGUAUGGAGCACAACUCCCGAACGCGCUGCGAAGCUGAAGGCUUUAUCGCCAGACGACUUCGUAGCAAUGGUGAACGCAGGCUUCAGACUAUCCCCCACAGACCUUGAAUACCUACACACUCUACCCUCAGGACAAGCAGACGAGGUCGCUUGGCGAGAAAAGCAUACACCUGUCGACAAUCGCGCAAUACCUAUGCGCGUAACAUCCGUCCAAGCCGGCACUGUAGCGUCCUUCCCUCUCCGCAUGCGCCAUGCAGACACCUACACCGGCGAACGUGUCGCACUAGUUGGCGACGCAGCACAUACCAUCCAUCCCUUAGCUGGCCAAGGCUUGAAUCAAGGCCAAGGCGAUGCCGCAGCUCUCGUUCGCACGAUAUCGUAUGCGGUACAGACGGGUCAAGACAUCGGAUCAACGCUUGCGUUGGAGAGCUACAAUAGUGAGAGGUAUGCAGAGAACAAUGCGAUGCUGGGAGUUUGUGAUAAACUGCAACGGUUAUAUAGUGUAGAAUCAGGGCCACUUGUAGCGUUGCGCAGUCUGGGUUUGCGAGCAGUCGAUGCAAUGGGUCCAUUGAAAGGCUUCUUCAUGAGUAAAGCAGCUGGUGGCACCUGAGCAGUUGUUCUAGUUAUCUGUAUUAUAAGUUGUAAGCACCCUUGUAAAGCAGUCGAAACCCGCGAGUAAUGACACGAAAACGGCAGUCGCUUGCGCCAUCGUCACAACCCUGCAUGUGCCCC